UCAUAAAUUGCUUAACAAACGUGAUUUUGAUUCGUCAGGAAUUUACAAAACGUGUGUGUGCAGCAUCGUAUUCCCAUAAAUGUCUUACAUGAAAUAGUCUCUUCAAGGAACGCAGUAUAAUUUGGAACUUUUUCUUGUGACCGCCGUAAUCACAAAGCCGUCGCUGUCAUUCGGUGGAUGAGACGGAAGACGAAAGAGUGCGCAAGCGGAAAGAGAGUGCUGUUCAUUUGUGAUUGCCGUAGCGUUUUUCUUGUGUUUUGUGAUUAACUGUGUUCAGUUUUAGUGGAAAGAUAUCUGAAAUCCGUAGGCCAUGAUGCUUGGAGUAGUAGUGGGGUGUUUCUUGUUGCUGAUAACAGCCGAAAGUGGUUUAGGUCAAAAUGAUACAACUACAACAACUUCAACAACUCCCCCAACGUCAGGUGGUAGUAGUUCCGUUCCAACAACGACGUUGAGUCCGCAGGAAGAAUGUAUGCAGAAUAACAAGUCUUGUGCAGAUUGUUUGAAGUUUGCGCAUUGCCUCUGGUGCUUCCAGGACAACUCGUGUAAGCAGUACCCUGUAGGUCACAUUCUACCCCGAGAAUCGGACUGCCCACUGGACCAAGCCCGCUGGGGUAUCUGCUCAGUGAACUUCAAGAUCCUGAUCAUUGCAAUGUCGUGUGUUGGAGGAGUCAUCAUCCUGCUGAUCACAUCCUGCUGUAUCUACUGCUGCUGCUGCCGGAGCGGAAAGGGCAAGAAAAGGUUUAUGGCUGAUGAGGCUAAGUAUGAGAGACAGAAGGAAGAGAGGAAGCGCAAGUCUGAGGAAAGACGUUCAGAGAGGAAAGCCAAGACUGAUGAAAUCAGAAGGAAAUACGGGAUUGAGAUCAAGGGAUUGGUGAAGGAUAACCCCUACUCCAGGUUUGAUGCCGACGCGUAAGCUGUGUGAAGCGAGGAGACAGACAUGAAGCAGUGAUCAUCUUUACCGCAUCCAGUUCUGUCACGUCGUUGGCUUGCGCUUGAAGAAAUUUUCUUUUUUUUGUCAAGUUUUUGAUUUUUUUUUUCAUUAAUAUUGUCGCUUUAUUGGGCUUUAUGGACAAUGAGAUAUUGAUAAAUACAGUCGCUCAUAUUGUUAGCUCUGUGUGAAAUGUAUGUUGGGGGAAUCAAACAUGCUGGGAUAGAGUUGUGUCCCUUCGUGUGGGUAAUCUUCAUCCAUAUCCACGUAGGGUUUCUUUCAAAUGUUCCUUAAAGUCACUACAGAAGACUGAAUCAGUGCAAGUUCAUAAUGAUUUCAAGAGGGACUUCCCUGAAGCGAGGUUUGUGCAGGCCGGGUAGAUUGGAUUUAAAUUGUGGAAUGCUAGUCUUAAUUUAAGAGGGCUGGAG